UGUUCAUUGCAUUUGAAGAGCACAUGGCGCGUACGUAAAUGGAUGAUGUUCUUCGUUUAUGUGCAUGUUCUUCGAACAUCCACAAAUUAUACAUGAAAGUGUAGACCAUUUUUGGAACCAAUAUAUCCUCUAUAUUAUUUAAAUACUUUGGAAUGUUUUGAAAACGCUGGCGUCAUGGGUAUUCAUGGAUUUUUGGAUUACAUCGAGCGGAAUUGUCAGCAAGCAUGCACGCGAGUGGACCUGGGACAACUCGCUCGAAAGCGACUAAAUAACGCUGGAAAAAGGGGAAGAGCUUUGGUCGGACAAGAUCCUUUAUUGCUGGUAAUUGAUGCCAAUAGCUGCCUUCAUCGUCUAUAUGGCGGGAGCUUCACCGACUGGGUUUGUGGGGGCCAGUGGAACAGCAUGUUCCACUUUAUUGACAACUUGGCCAGGGCAAGCAGGAGCAACAACAUGAAACUCAUCGUUGUCUUCAAUGGGAGUCUUGAGAAAAAUCGGAUUCCCGAGUGGUUGAAACAAGAGAUUCAGACCAGAAAUACCGUGGGACAAGUGUUAGGACAUGUUCACAACAAAGGCACACCCCCUCCUAAAGCCUGGUUUACUCCUCCUGUUGCCUUAGACACAUGCAUUCGCCUGGCCCUGCACCAGUGUGGCAUCCAGACGGUUCACACCUGCAACGACCAUGCACAUGAGGUGAUAACCUACCUGAGGCAGAGCGGUUGUCAUGGCGUCCUGGGGCAAUCCUCAGACACGGCCAUCUUCGAUCCUCCCAUGUACUUCUCUUCUCAUCGCUUCAAGCUCUCCAUGAAGGGAGAGAUCACCACGCAGCAGUACAACAUGGAGGAGGUGGCCAAGGCGCUCAACCUCCACCCGGACAGAUUCGUCAUCUUCGCAGCACUCCUUGGUAAUCACAUUCUUCUCGAAGAGGAGUUAGCUCUGUUCCACUGGUCACUAUUAGGACCUGAUCAUCCCCUCAAUGGACUUCGGAUGAGAGCCCAGCAGCUGGUGCAGCCACCUCUGGAUGCCAUCUUGCCACUGGUGGCUAACUACGUCCGUAACAUCACCAACAUGUACGACCUGGAUGCCAUCGGACAGGACGUCUUCCACUCCUACAAGGGUGGAAUCGACGAGAAGAUGCGCCACUUCAAGGCCAGCGUUGAGUUCUACUGGAGAGGGACCAAAGAUGCCUGGAGCAGACACAGAAAAGGGCCACGCUUCAACUUCCGAUCCCAAAAACCUAAUGUGGAUAAGGGUUCUGAUAUGCAGAGAAUUGAGAACGCAAUGGGCAAGGUUUCCAUUGACGAAGGGCAAAAAUCAGAUGACCAAAAUGAGAACUCUGGCAACGGACCCUCCAAUCAACACAUCCCCUCCCUGAUGGAGCAGCCAACCCCAGCCUACCUUCAGGCCUCGGCCCCACCCCUCCCCAUGGUCCCUAGGGAGUUGAUCCGCAUCGCCAAACACAGACAUGAUCAGGGCCAGAUGUCGCCCCAGGUCCUUCAAAUUCUCACCUCCGGUGAGAUCAAGCUGAAUUCAAUCUUGGAGGAUGAGCUCAGUGGGGAAUUCCCCUGCUCUGUUCAGCUAUAUCGUCCUGUCAGGCAGAUGGUGUAUGGCAUUCUCUUCAGUAUCUCUCAAGUCGGUGAAGAGAUCAUGCAGAAGAAUGGCUCGGGAGACCACCAAAGUAAGCAAGGUCCUCAGAUCUGCGUCAAGGAAUGGUGGUCACGGCGAGACACGCCCAUCCAGAAGCCCGACGUGGUCAGUGCCAUACCGGUCAAGGACUGGGUUCCUCCCCCUCUCAUCAAACUCUGGCUGGGUCGAGAGCCUGAAGACAAGGAGUACCGUCUGAGAGCGUUCCUCUCAUGCCUGAGGAGUGAUAUGCCGUCCAUGAUGAAGACUCCUUACGUUCCAAAGCACGCCCUCAUCCUCUGCUGCGUGGUCAGAUAUCUACUGCACUUCAGCCCUCCAUUGUUCCGUAAGCAUGAACUUGAUGCUAUUCUUGCCCAGAGUGUAUCUCCCAUCCUCAACAACCCAACAGCCCUGCAAGACCUCAAGAUUCCCAACAUCACAGCGCGUGGAGUCCAACUCGCUGCACUAUUCAUGCGUGGUGUAGAGACGGCUAUCUUUGCCAACGAUGCGUGUGGCGCACCCAUUCCUUGGGAUCUGUGCUGCCCGUGGCUCUUCUUCGAUGGCAAGCUGUUCCAGUACAAGCUCCACAAGGCCAUGACAUGCAGCAGCCUCAAGGAGCUCUGUGAUGGAAAGAUGGACCAAGUUGGUAAGGUAGAGCGUAUGAAGCAGGUGAUCCUUGAAGGUGUGAUGCUCAACUUCAGACAUCCCAUGAUCCCUCAGAUGGGUCCCCCUGCUGGACCCCAGUUCCCUGGUCAAGACUUCUACUACAUGAGACAAGGUGCACCUGCACCCAUGCAUCCUAUGCACAUGCCACCUAUGGGAAGGAACAAGCGUUCAAUGAAUGCUCGCGGAGGUCAGUUGGAGGUGGGUGGAAUGGUGACGUCUCAAUGGGCCGGCAGCGAUGGUUCAAGACCAAGAAGUGGACUCUACAUCCCAAGCAACCUUGCACACCCGAGAGGACCAAGACCCAACCAAAGAAUGGGGAACGGUAUGGGUAUGGGUCCUGGACUACCCAUGAAUGCUUACCAGGGACAAGGCCCCAGGAUGUGGGGAUAUCAACAGCAAGUUGGAAUGGAUCAACAGAGGCGGAACAACAAGAAGACAAAGAGGAAACCAAAAGAAGGCAAGGAGCGUAGUGGACAAUCAGAACCAGGGCGUGGUCGCGGUGUGACCAUCGAGCAUGAUGAACCCACCAUCGGAGGAAAGAACCAAGUAGAGAAGGAGGAGGUUGAAGAACAGGGACAAACAGGCAACUCAGAUUCCACCACCAGUUCACCAUCCAGCUCAGAUGAAGAGGGUGUUAUGUAUCACCAGGCUGAACAGGAUAUCAGCGUCACACCUGCUAACCAGACAGAGUUUGGUGGUGAGUUCCACAUUGAACCUGCUGACUUGGAAGGUGAAGGGGAACCGGUAUCCAGCUUCCACGAGGGCGGAUACGACCUUCCUACCACCACCAAACAGGGACCCUAUAACGGUGACAGCGUGGGCGUGGAGCUGGAAGAGGCUCACCAGUAAACCAAACCAUAAACUCAUGAAUGUGAUGAUGAUGACUCAAAGUCAAAAACAAGUAUUAUUCAGUCUUUUUGUAUACAUAAAUUAAUCAAAAAAUCAAAAAACAAAAAAAUAUUCAUGUUGUACUAACCGCGUAAAAAAUCUGAAUUGGGCUCAAAGCCAUGUACAGAGGUUUAUUAUGAUGAAAUAAACGCUUUUGGACAGUAUUUGUACAGAAUUUGUAGAAGGAUGUUUGAAUGAGAUUCACGCACAAGACAGCUUGAUAGGGUUCUUGAGUGGUGUCUGUCCAGAGCUGAUCGCCAGCUUUUUCCUUUUUUUAUUUCUUCUUGUCAGUUUUUCUUUACAUUAAUUAUAAUUAAUGUAGACAUUUUUUCUUAACACUAAUGUGAUGUACUGUCUGUUUAGUUUGAGCACAUCUGCACUCAUGACCAUUCUAUCCUAAUUCACCAUUUCAAAUUUAUCCUUGGGAUUGUGGACUGACUACCCGGACACACGAGUCACACACUACUCUACUAGUGAUCGAGAUAGGUUUCAAGGACUUUCAGUAGCCACAUGGGAUGGAAACUGGAAAUGAUAGGUAGCCCCCAAAUGAUCAACCUCUGAUGUAGAAUAUCCACACUUAUGGUCCUUAUCAGUUAUGCUGAGAAUGUGCAGUUAGAACGCCAAAUCAGAAAUCCAACCAGUUAACAUUGUGGAAGGUUUUGGUGCGGUGUUUCUCCAAUUCAAUGUUCCUUCUUGAUAAAAACGUAUGAUUGUACUACUUGACACUUUGUCUUUUUUUUGUAGAAGAAAUUAGAGUAAAUGUAUGUUGUAGAUCAGUCUGUAAACAAAUACGUAUUGUUGAUUUCCCUUUAUGCAUCGCAUGUAAGAAAGAGGUUCAAACUUUAAAAUGACUUGUUGAAUAUUUUGUGUACAUCCCUAGCCCCCUUCCCCUUGUGAACAAUGCACCUUUAGUUCUAAUGUGUGCUUGUGACUGUAUGAAACUGAUGACUGCCUUUUGUUGUCCCCACCCCCCUCCCCCUUCCUUCCAAACUCAUAAAGUCAUAUUGGAGCUAGUUCAUUUACAACAGAAGUCAUUAUAAUUGAUUCUAUUAAGCUGUGGAAGCAUAAUGGUACUAAAUAUCUUAUGUUACAAUAGAAUAUGCUCUUGUUAAAGAAUUUAUUGUAACUUUUUUGUUUUCUUCUCUUGCAGCAUGUACAAAUCAGCAUUAUUUUUAAGAUGAAUGUUUCUAAUGUUGUACAGGACAGUUUUCUCAAAGUCGGAUAUAAUUUGAGCCAGCAUAUAAUACAUAUGUCUGAAAUUCAACAUCUUUCUUCUACUGUUUCAUUAAUGGAGCUAAAUGAAGAGUUGAUAUGGAGUAUUGCAAUGUUUUUCUUGUGAAGUUUAUAAUCAUGCAUUUUUUUAUUUGAAAGGACAAUGUUGAAAUUAUAGCCAGCAUUUUGACAGUAAUGUCCCACUGUAUUUAUAGAUUGAUAAUGGAUACCGUUUGGACACGGAAUUGUGAUACCUUUCAACCAGUAAUGCAUGGGUAACACAACCCUAUAUUUGACUGGAUGAAGUACAUGAUAGAUAAAUAUCACUGGCUUUUAUAGAUCAUCACAUAAAGUUCCUUAAAAGAUUGUUGAAAUUAAAGUAUCUAUGAAUGCUCAUCUACAAAAUGGUGUAUAACAUGUCCAAACCAGUGUAUCUACUAUGAUACAUUGGUUCUGUGCUACUUGUGAUAUUUUUUUUUAGUAGUGACAUUUGUUCUUUAAAUUUGAAUAUUCAUUUGUCGUAAGUAAUUGAUUUAAAAGUGAAAUAGUUUAAACUUGUAUGGAACUUCCCAGUUUUUGUAGGAGAUAAAUUCUGAUUGAUUGUAGAAAUGUUUAAAAAAUGUAGAUUAGAAAUGUUAUUUUAAAUACAUUACAUUUGUGAUAGUCUUGUUUUCUACAAAACAUAAAGCAAUGUCAAAGUGUAAUGGUCAAAGAAUUUUCUUUAAAAUCAAUCUAUGUGAAAUAUUUGUGAUAAUGAUAGCUCCGUAAACUGAAUAAAUGACUGUGUAAAUUUAAUCAUAUAUUAAAGUAGGUAAUUUACACAGGUUGUACUGUCUUGGUAUGUUCAAACAAUAAAUAGUAUUUGUUCUGCAUUAUUUAGAAUUUCUGGAGAUUAUGUUUCAUAACAAACAAAUCUUAGAAAUUGUUACAUGAUAUUAAAUACAUUGUACUAUGGAAAUAUAUGUGCGUUGAGAUCUAUUUUCAGGGCCACUUAUUGUUAGGGAAAAACAAACUGUUAUGUCAGCAUUUGUAGAAAUUUUCAUUGAAAACUUCUUUCGAUAGAUAAUUAAACACAAAUCCAAAGUUCUACAGAUUUAUAGUGAUAUGCUGUUGGUGGGUACAGUUUUGUCCAACCUUCCAACCCAGAAAAUACCAUUGAAAAUAUAGGCUUAAUGUCUGCUCCCUUUUCUGAUACAAGAUAGUCAAGGGAGAGAUUAAACUGAAACAAUAUACAGAUUCUGGAGACAGAUCUGGAUAUGAUUUUUCUUUAUGUGAUUCUUAUGCUUUUAUGGUAAAAUUUUAUUAAGAGAGGCUGAGCCUGAAUAAUUUUAGUUUAAAUUCCGAUAUUUGGUUGAAAUUAUGAAUGGAUGUACCUUAUAUUGCAUUCUAAGUAUACAUGUUGAUAAGUAGUAGAUCCAUGUGAUUAAAAUGAUUCCCGCUGGGCUGUACAAGUAAUCUAAGAUACUACUAUGAAAUGUCCGGAUGGACUUUCGUUAGAGCCACAAGUAUAAUUGAGGAAUCGUUCAUGUAAUGGAGAAUUCUCCGACUUUAUUGAUUGAUAAACUCUCAAUAAUGUAUGGUGGUAGUUUAGUGGGUCCUGCUGCUGUAUACUUAACCAUGCUGUGGAUUCUGUCCUUGUACAAAAGUAGAGCAAAUAUUUCAGUUCAUAACACUUCUUGUAAAGAAUUGUACACAUAAUUCUAUGUACCAGGUGGGAAUAUCUGCAGUUCAUGAUCCAGGGACAGGAAUAGAUCACAAUAGUUGGUGAUUCCAGUUUAUAAUGGAGGAUAAUUCACAAACAGCUCUUAAAGAGAUGGUCUCAUGCUGUAAGGACUGUUCAAAGCCAUGCCUCUGGUCUAGUGGCAACACUAAACUUUUAUUUUCAGAUUGCAAUCGAUGGUUAGUUUAUCAUGUGAUAUUCUUUGAAGGCAUGUUUUUAGAUUCAAAUCACUUUUGUACAUGGAUAGAGCCUUGGCAUAUGAGAGUCGUUAUUAAGAACAUCCAUAGACCACUCAUCAAUAUCAUCAUCUCUUCCCAACUUAACUUAUAGAGGGAGAAAGAGAGAGAGAUACAUACAACAAAGCCAGAGUUCUGGCCCAGGAAAAUCACAAAAUCAGACAAUAUAGAAGCAUGUAGCUUCUCACCCAGUGACAAACUGGAAAUGUUAGCGAAGAUGAAGAACCAAUCGGUUCCUACCUCUACGACGGUAGGACGCAUUGACCACACCCACUUUUCAGGGGCUAAAUGAAGGGAGUGUCCUUGCUGGUCAUUGCUCUUAAACUUACGUAAUCUGUGGAUGAAAUUCUGUGACACCUUUUUUUUUCUUUGUGUAUAAUUAUGUCUCUGUUGAAAAAUAAGAUACUGCCGUAUGAUGCUGUCCUAGAGACAAUUUAGUCACGAUGCACUUGAUGUUUAUGAUCAAUGGGUAAACCCAUCAUUGUACUCGGACAGUGAUAUAUAACACAUGGUAUGGUCCAUAAUAGUGUCACAAAGUUUCUUCCCAGCAUUGUAAAUAGGUUGUAAUAUAAAUUUACAAUGUAAUGAUGACUAUCCAAUUUACUUUUGAUUUAUUUGUAUUAUGUUGUUCAAACAUUUAAAAAAAUCAUUUAUGUUUGCUCAGAUGAAUGUUCCCAAUCCUUGAAUGUCCGGAUUAUUGCUAGGAAAAAUCUGAAGACGUAAUGCUGUAGAGUAGAUUAGACCAUUGUGUAGCAGUUUCAUGUGUUAGUUUUAAAGAUGUGAUAAUAAACAUAUGCAGACACCUAUACAAAUAUAUGUCAAAGUCACGUUCGCUCUCAAGAAGUGGAAUUCAAAUGCAGACAUCUCAGAUUCAUUUUGUGUUCAAAUUCUGACGAUAGGUAUAAGCUUUUUGCUCAUCCCUUUUUGUGAUUCAUAUUGUAGGCCUCACUUGAUUAUGAUAUGAAUAUGAACACCAUUGUUGAAAAGAUACAUUGGUUAUGAAAAAACAGAGGAAUGUUAGUCCAAAAACACCUGCUCAAAAAUGAGUCUACUUUUUACCUUUCAAAUAUAAUAUCAGUGCACUGCAGACUUUGUUCCUAUCUGAAAUACUGUUCUGUUAUUGGUUAGGAUACUCUAUCUUACGAUAAUCCAAAGAUCUCUGCAAUUGAUUCUGUUUGAUCCAUUACUACAUAGAUAUAAGAUAUAUUGAUAGAUAUAUUGUAAGUCCCCUUUCCUCUAUAUAUUUACCAAGUGUUCCUAAUCGUCACAUUUUUGAUUGAAAGAAAAAAAAGUGUUUACUUUUUGCAGCUCUCUUUGACUGUAAUGUGGUGACUUUAUAUCAAACUUGACUUAUUUAAUUAUUGAUUUUAUGAAUAAUUAGGUCCAACUUUGACUGCAUUUAAGCCAAAGGGUAUACUUUCCCUCUAGAAAUAUUAAGAGGCUGGAAGCAUAUUUGGACUGUAGAUUCUUAUUAAGAAUAUUUACUGAAGCAAAAUUUCAGAAAGGAGUAAAAUACAGAUGUUUUUUGAGGAACUUCUUAAUUCUAUGGCAGGAUGAUACACAUUUUUGUUAAUAGGCGUUCAUAGUGUUGUCCCAUCACAUCUUAAACAACGACAAAGCAUUUAAGAUGUUAUACAUACUUGUAGAGUGAUUUAGUGAAAAUGUAGUUUAUCUGUAGCAACAUUAUCUCUCAAUAUCGUUCAUAAUUUAAAUGUCAUUCUGGACUCGCCCACGUGGUGUAAGAGUUAUAGCUAAUGUCAGAUGGAACAGUUCCAAUAUUGUAAUGUUUGUAGAGAAGUAGAUUCAUAAAAUUUAGAACUUGCAUAAGAGAAGUUAUUUGUGAUAAAAAAAUCAUGUACAAUUAGGUAACUUAGCUAAGCCAUUUUAACCUGUGAAGAAAGUAAACAGCUAUGAAUUGAUUACUGUGUAGCUUAUCCCUACUAAGUGUACUCAUGAUACUUUUAAUCCAUGUUAAUUGUAAAAGAAAUCUAUAUCCUAUCCCGGUUUAACUGCAACAUCAUCAACGCUUCAGUUGGAGAAACAAAAUGGGAAAUAGAUCACCAUGUACGUUACUAAAUAUUAAUGUGUGGAUUGUGCAUAGUUUAAAACUUAUCGUAAGAUUCAUAUUAUUGCUCCUUAGCUCCUGUGUAAACUAUAUCCAAAAAAAAGAUGUGUGUUUAAAAAAUGCUAACUUUGCUUGCUUGGUAGCUGUUUUAGAUUGUGUGAAUUUUGACUAGUUGUGGGCCCUACGAAACUUCAUUUUAAGAGACAAAUAUAAAAGCCACUCAAGAAUAGGUAGGUGUUGAUACAUGAACAGUGUUUAUGCAAAGGAUGAAGCAGGAUGAAGUGAGUGGACAAAGCCGAUUCGAUAUUCCCGGACGUAGAUGAUUUAACAAGGCCUAGAUUUGGAGAAUACAGUCUUGAAGAGCACGCAGAACAAUUUGUUGCAUGCUGGUAAUAUGGAAGUUUAGGGUAUAUCUAAUAUUCUGUGUUUCAGAGCUACUUGGGGGAUUUCCAUGUUGAGAAUAAGGAUUGCUGGACUUGAAGAACGGUGAUCUGGUUUUGAUCAUUACCAAUUUCUCUAUCACAUUCCCUGUCUGCCUUUUCCCAUGCUUGUCAACCAACCAACUUUCCUCAAUUCUGUCACCAUUUAUUUCUUAUCACCACCACUAUCACCACCAUCAUCAUUAAUCCCUGUAUCCGUUUCCUACGUGGUCUCGACUUCAGAAAGUUUAAGAACAUGCAAAUUGUUUUCAAUCUAUCUCUUAGGAAUGUUUACGUGGAAUAGCUGUGAAUUACAGAUACCGUAUCUGAUAACUUUGUGUUAUAAGAGUGGGACCUGUAAUAUUGAAUAUGUUAUCUGGUAAUACAACAUCAGAUAGAGUAAACCAUGAAUGUAUAGUGCUCCUUUUAAAAUUGUGGUGCUGUUUGCAGGAAUAUACGUCAAGUAGACACUUGUUCUCGGUAGGAUUAAUUACGCCAGAGCCUACAUGAGUGAAUAUGUGUCACACGAGGGUUAUCAUUGAUCUACUGUAAUCCAGCAUCCGACUAAGAGGAUGUAUGGGACUCUUUCCUUAAAGCACGGUGGAACCAUUGCACUCAGUUAUACCACAAACAAGAAGAUUAUGUCACUGUGAAUAACCUUAGCUGUCAUUUUAUGUCAACUUAUUUCAACCUGGCAAACAAGUGUAUCUAUCUAUCUGCAAUAGUUGAAAACAAUGUGCACACACUCACUGUGUCCGUCAGUAUGUCAUGUGUGUAGUCUGUGUAGCUUGAUAAAUGCGAAUGAAUAUGCAUAAAACAAUGACCAAAGUUGAACAUUAUCUUUCUAUUGUCUUUAAACAGAAUUGAUGUCAAAUGAAAGAAAGUCUUGUCUGGGAAGACUGAAAGAAAUAUUCUCUUAUAGUAACUUCAUUUGGAACAAAAACAAAAUAGUUUAUGGUAUAUGUACUUUGAUAUUUUGGAUAUGCGGUCCAAGUGUGAAAAGGGGAUCAAGUUGUAUUUUGUUAUUGAUAUACGUGUAAGCCUAAAUUUGUUCUUUUCGAACCCAAAAUAUGAGAUGAAAUGUCUGCUUAAGGGCAGUAGAAAAGAUGCAGCUGGUCGUGAAUUUUUCUCAAGAAAUGAGAAAGAUGAAGUCAAAGAAAUGGUCAUACAAGGUCAGUGCUAGUUCUAGGUUUUAUAUUUGGUGAGUCAAGUUUUGUAGAAUGCCAUGCAAACUUUCUAAUUUACACGCUUAAUUUCUGUCCUUUUGUGUAAACUAUUUCCUACAAUCUUGCAUUGCAGAUUUCUGUUUCCUUUUUUUUUUCUCCCUUCUUUUUUGUAAUUAAUUGUAGCAUGUGAAUGUUGCAAAAAAUAAAGCUUUGUUUAGAACAAAGUUAUGAAA